GAAGGCUGGUGUAUUGGGGAGCAGGCUAGGAGGGGCCAUCGGGGGUAUCUGGAGGGAUAAAGGGCGAUGACCACGCCGACGGGUUCGGGCUCGGGCUUCGGCACCGUGUCCUGGUGGGGCCUGUCCCCGGCGCUGGACCUGCAGGCUGAGAAUCCCGCCAUGCUUAGAGGCAAAGCUCCCGUCGUUUCCUAGGCGAGAGGCGCGAUGCAUGCUGGGAGUUGUAGUCCUUAGUGCUGGGCGGCCGCAGGGGGUGUUGUGCAGGUGGCCCUACCGCCAGGGCCUGCCCUCUUGCCAGGUCCUCCUGUGGACCCAGACUCUCAGGCCGAUCCAGAGCAUGGCACCCCCGAGCUGGAUGUGCUGCUGCUGGGUUCCGUGGACGGGAGGCACCUGCUGCGGACCUUGGCCCGGGCGGAACUCUGGCCUCGCCGGAGGAUCAACUUCUAUGUGCUGGAGAAUAAUCUGGAAGCUGUGGCCCGACACAUGCUGAUCUUCAGCCUCGCCCUGGAAGAUCCUGAGAAGAUGGGGCUGCACGAGAAGAGCGAGACGUUCCUGGAGGUGUGGGGCAACGCGCUGCUGCGCGCCCCGGUGGCCGCCUUCGUGCGCGCCCAGGCCGGGCGCCUGGCGGCCCUGGUCCCGGAGCCCGAGCGCCUGGCGCAGCAGCUGCCCUGGCUCAGCCUGGCGGCCCUCAAGUUCCGCGAGCGCGACGCGCUGGAGGCCGUGUUCCGCUUCUGGACGGGCGGGGACCGGGCCCCCGAGACCUUCCCGGUGAGCCGCCUGUGGGACUCUCGGCUGCGCCACUACCUGGGCUCCCGCUACGACUCCCGGCGCGGCGUCAGCGACUGGGACCUGCACAUGAAGCUGCACGACCGCGGGGCCCGAGUCAUCCACACCCGCGAGUUCCGUCGCUGGAGGGACACGGGCGUCGCCUUCGAGCCCCGGGACCCGGGCGCCUACCACGUGCCCAACCGGACCCUGGCGUCGGGCCGCCUGCUGAGCCACCGCGGGGAGCGCGUGUCUGCGCGCGGGUACUGGGGGGACAUCGCCACGGGGCCUUUCGUGGCCUUCGGCAUCGAAGCGGACGACCAGAGCCUCCUGGGCACCAGCAACGGGCAGCCGGUGAAGACUGCGGGCGAGAUCACGCAGCACAAUGUGACGGAGUUGUUGCGGGAGGUGACCGCGAGGGGGCGCGCGCGAGCCGCCACCGGAGGCCCGGAGCAGGUGUCUGCAGGUGCGGACCCAGAGCCCUUCAUGCUGCACUUCCUGCCCCUCGGCUCCGCACAGACCCUGCACCACAAAGGCUGCUACAAGGGACAUUUCCAGCUGCUCUACGUGGCCUGUGGGAUGGUGCAUUUUCUCAGCCCUGAGCUCGGGGCCUGCGUGGCCCCGGGAGGACGCCUGGUUGUGGAACUAGCCCGGUACCUGGUGGAUCUGCGGCAGGAGCAACUGCGGGACUUCUCCAGCCGGGUCGGGGAGCUGGCCCGGACGGCAGGGUUCACCCCGCUGCCCGGGGCCCGACCCUCGGAGACCUUCGCCCGAUUUUGCAAGGCCCAGCAGAGCUCUCCUAGCCGCGGAGUGGACACCGGAGUGGAGUCCCGGUCCCCAGCAGAUCGAGCCCCGCCCCCAGAGGACAGGGCCCCGCCCCCAGAAACCCUGGUCCCGCCCCCAGAGGACAGGGCCCCGCCCCCAGAAACUCUGGUCUCGCCCCCAGAGGACAGGGCCCCGCCCCCAGAAACCCUGGUCCCGCCCCCAGAGGACAGGGCCCCGCCCCUAGAAACCCUGGUCUCCGCCCCAGAAACCCUGGUCCCGCCCCCAGAGGACAGGGCCCCGCCCCCAGAAACCCUGGUCUCCGCCCCAGAAACUCUGGCCCCGCCCCCAGAAGACAGGGUCCCACCUCCAGGAACCCCUGGCCCCGCCCUCUGAUGCCCCCACUCACGCCCACCUCCAGUGGCCCUCUGAGUAACAGGCUUCACUGAAAUUCUGUUUCUACCCUAGAAGGCUUUGGCUCCCCUCAUGAGGGAAUCUGAUCCUCCAAGCCCAGCAGGAGAGUCCAGCAGGAACACCCUCCCCCACCCAAGCCCUGGAUUGCACCCCCCCCUCCCCCAGCUCCUGCUCCCAACAUUCUCAGCUCGACCUUGAGCCUGGGGUUGGGGGGAGAAAGCUGCUGUAAUUCCCCAUUCCCUUCCGGGACCCUCCAUGGUGCUUCUAGAACUGUACACCCCUCUCCCAGACUCUUACCGGGGACCAGCUCCCCCGGGGGUCCCCAUCUCCCCACCGCCUCCCUGGGGGUGCGGUGCACCCACAUAAUCCAAGUAAAGACAGUAGGUCCACUUC